AUGGACAGUCUCUCCUGGCAGCCGCUUUGCCGGUGCAGCAAAAUGAUGGCAGCUGUCAUGAUGGCAAUUAAACCCAUACAUAAAGGAGGACCAUUUGGCAAAGUAUUGGAAGAAUACUGGGGUAUGUGGAGCUAUACACAGAAUAACACUUUCAGCACUAUAAAGGUGGUGGCUGUUGUAACCAAGGACAAAGAGGAAAUACAGCCAGUUGGUGCACCUCCCUCAGAAACUGCAGGAAACGAGGAGCCUUAUGAUAAACGCAACAGUUAUUUCGGAGAUUGUAAAGUGACUCUUUCAUGCUUUUAUGAAGUGACAUGCGAUUCAUUCUCUCGACAAGGAACUCUGCUGUCUGAAAAAGUUGGGCAGAUGAUGGAAUGGGCAAACAGGCGAGCUGUAAUUCGGAUGAAUGGAGAAAAGUUUCGGCGAUUUGUCAAAGCUCCUCCAAGGAACUACUCCGUUAUUGUGAUGUUCACUGCCUUACAGCCACAGCGCCAGUGCACUGUUUGCAAGCAAGUAGAUGAAGAAUACCAAAUCCUGGCUAACUCCUGGCGUUAUUCAAGCUCCUUCAUAAAUAAACUUUUCUUUGCUAUGGUGGACUUUGAUGAAGGAUCUGAUGUAUUUCACCAGCUCAACAUGAAUUCUGCUCCAACGUUCAUGCAUUUUCCUGCUAAAGGGAAACCGAAGCGAGCAGACACUUAUGAGCUUCAAGUUCGGGGAUUUGCAGCUGAGCAGAUUGCACGAUGGAUUGCUGAUAGGACAGAAAUAAAUAUCAGAGUGAUUAGGCCUCCAAACUACGCUGGUCCCUUGAUGCUGGGAUUUUUACUUGCUAUAAUUGGUGGACUUGUGUAUCUUAGACGGAAUAAUCUUGACUUCCUAUAUAACAAAAAUGGCUGGGCAUUUGUUGCUUUGUGUUUUGUACUUGCUAUGACCUCUGGCCAGAUGUGGAACCAUAUCCGGGGUCCCCCAUAUGCACACAAGAACCCUCAUACUGGUCAAGUGGUGAGUAAUUCAAUCACCUUUGAUUUUCUAUAUAUUGUGUCCUUGCUUUAG